AUGAUACAGACACAGGAAGCUCCGACGUUGUACCCAUCGGAGGAAGAGUUCUCCGAUCCAAUCAGAUACCUAAAUACCAAAGAAAUUAUCAGUAUUGGUGAACAAUAUGGAAUCCUCAAGAUCAAACCUCCCAGAGGUUGGCAUCCUCCUUUUGCUCUGAAUCCCGACACUUUCAAAUUCCAUACCCGGUUGCAGACUCUCAGCGAGCUGAGUCUGACGAAUCGGUCGAGGCUCUUCUGGCUUAACGGAUUUAACAAUUAUCUUAGGAUGAAGGGGAAAGAACAGCUUGAAACCGGUUAUGCUAGCCUGAAGAGGCCUAUAGGAGAGCAUCAUGAUUCUACAGUGACCAAAAAAGAAGUCCAUUUAUACGACUUGUACGUCGAAAACGAAGCUUCUUUUUAUAAGGGGAAAUUCGAGGAUGAAACCCUGUACCAGGAUUUUGUGGAGUAUCUCCGUUUUCUGAAGAACAAGGGACAAGAGACACCUGCCAGAACAAGCGUCAGCUGUCAGAUGAGGGAUCUAUUCAAGAAGAAGAAAAGCAACGCUUGCGAAAAGUGCGGCAAGCUGGAUGAGCCGGAUACGAUUCUCAUUUGCGAUGACUGCAACAGGAAUUUCCACAUGAGAUGUUUAAACCCAAUUUUGAAAGAAGUCCCCGAUACCGACUGGUUUUGUGACGACUGUUUGAAAGGCUCCUCUGCUGAAUACGGAUUUGAAGAGGAUUUUGAGUCCAUAUACACCAUUCGAGAGUUCGCCCGUGAAUGCGACGACCUCAAGAGACGAUAUUGCAACGAAAUGUUCGAUGGAAAUAUGAAUCCCUCAGUGGAUGCGAUUGAGAGUGUGUUUUGGAGACUUGUCGAUACGCAAGAUGAAGAGGAGGAAGAUUUUGAGGUCCGAUAUGGCGCCGAUAUCCACAACGAUGGGCCUGGUGAAAUUUCUGCUUUUCCAACCAGAUCGCAUCCAUUCAAAGAGGAAUAUAACAAGUAUCUUGAUCAUCCAUUCAAUUUGACAAACCUGCCUUUCGCCAAGGGCUCGCUUCUCAGUUAUAUCAAAGAGAACCGCGAUCAGAUAUCGGGAAUGACUAUUCCCUGGCUGUACAUCGGCUCCAUGUUUUCGACGUUCUGCUGGCACAAAGAAGACCAUUACACGCUGAGCGCCAACUACUGCCAUAUGGGUGCCACAAAGAAAUGGUACGGUAUUCCCGCUGCCGCUUGCGAGAUGUUCGAGAGUGUGUUUCACGACCUUUGUCCGGACUAUUUUUCGAAACAGCCAGACUUACUACACCAGUUGGUGACGCUGUUAUCACCGGAUCGCAUUGCAGAAUUGGUGAGACAGAAAUUUGGCCGAAAGAUCCGCAUCUUUUCUGUCGACCAAAAGCCCAACGAGUUUGUGAUCACUUUCCCGAAGGUUUACCACGCGGGCUUUAAUUGUGGUUUCAAUGUGAACGAGGCAGUCAACUUUACUAUGCCGUACUGGUUACGCUACGGAAAGCAGGCCAUCGAUGAAUACAAGCCAGUGAAAAAGGAAAAUGUGUUCAAUCAUUUCAAGUUAUUGCGCAAUAUUUUGGAUGAUCUACGGGCUAAGCAAGGUGUGCAAGAUGUUUGGUGGACGGACUUUGAGAUUUCCAGUAUCUCCUCCAUGAUAAAUACAGCUUUUGUCGAUUAUCUGACGGCGGUACGUAAUUACAAAGCCAAGAUCUCCAGCACAGAUAUUAAGUCUCUUCUCGAUGGCUUGGAAGUUGUUGAUUACCCAAAGUACCUAGAAUCACAUAUGGAAGACCGUCUUUCUCGCCGAGCAGACAGAAUGUUUGGCCGCAAGGGAACAAUGAGCACCGAAGAGGAAGCCGAUGAGAUUAUUUGCAUGAACUGCAAGGCAUACCCAAAUUUCAAAUGGCUUGAGUUGGACAUGCUGAAGAAAGUACAGUUGGAUAUUGACAAGUACACCAAAUCCCAGGAGUCGCUUUUGCCAACACCAAAUCAUACCCCUAAGCAGGAUCAAGCGCCUAAAUUUUUCAGAGAAGAAGAUGGGGUGAUCAUCAUCUUGGACGACGACGACGAGUCAGGGGCGAAACGGCGUUCAACUAAAUCGGACGAAGAAGCUCCUGUGCGGAAAUCGAGGAGAUUAGCCAGAAAGAGUGAGUCGCCUGCUUCCCAGCCAAUUGACGAAGCAAAGCUGGAGUACGAAGCCAAUCUCAGUCUUUUGAGACGCAUAAAGAGAAGAAGGAAGCAGUUUCCAAACUAUGGCAAGGUCUACAUGUGUCUGAAUUGUCUCGAACAACGUCUAGACGACUUCGAGCGUGGGCAAUUGAAGCAUUGUGGAGCCGUGUUCCUUGAAAACGAGGUCGGGGAAUUGGAAAACUACUUUACUGACCAAUUGGGUGCUGAAGUUGAGAUUUGA